AUGCCGUCGUCGACCAACUCCAAGGAGGAGAUCCGUCACAUCGAGAGCCACCAUGAGAAGGAUUACCUCGACACCGUCCCCCACAUGGAGGGCGUCAUCGCCAGCGGAGAUGAUGUUGACAUCGACGAGGGAUUCGACCCAGCGUUUGUCAAACGGACAAUGCGCAAGGUGGACUGGCGUCUCAUCCCCAUCCUCUCCUUGAUGUACCUCGUCUCUGCAAUGGACCGAGCCAACCUUUCUCUCGCCCGAGCUGCAAACCAGAAGCAGAUGGACCGCGACCUAGGCCUCGACAUCGGAAACCGCUACUCUAUUGCGACACUGGCUUUCUUCAUUCCUUACAUCAUCCUGGAGGUCCCCUCACAAGCCGGUCUUCGAGUGUUCGGAGCCAAGAUCUGGCUCGGCGGAGCCACUUUGCUGUGGGGCGUGAUGAUGCUGUGCAUGGGCUUCGUCAAGACUUGGCAGCAGCUCACUGCCCUCCGUGCCCUCCUUGGUGUGUUCGAGGCAACACUCUUCCCCGGAGCGGCCUACCUUGUCUCAUGCUGGUACCCGCGCCGAAAGAUGGCCUCGCGCAUGACCUACUUCUUCAUUGGUGCCAUGUUCCUGCAGUCGUUCUCCGGAAUCCUGUCAUGGGGCAUCAGCCACUUGCACGGACGAAACGGCCUGCACGGAUGGCAGUGGAUUUUCAUUAUUUACGGCAUUUUGACCAUCGCCAUUGGAAUCGGAGCCGUUAUCCUCAUCGUCGACUUCCCCGACAAGGCCUCCUUCCUGACCGAGGAGCAGCGCCUCAUGGUCACCACCCGGAUCGAGCGUGACCGCCGCGACGCCGUCUACGACAAGCUCACCGUCGCCAAGGUCGUCCACCACCUCCUCGACUGGCGUAUCUGGAUGUUCGGCCUCUUCUUCUGCGCGGCUGCAAUGGUUAUCUAUGCUCUUGCGUAUUUCCUCCCGCAGAUUCUCGCCGGAAUGGGCUUCGACAACAAGAUGAGCCAGAUUCUGACGACUCCGCCCAGCAUCUACUCUGCCAUUCCCGCCGUCAUCUUCGCCAAGCUCGCGGACCGCCACAAGCUCCGCAUGCACAUGGUCUCCCUCAACGCCAUCAUUACCAUCACCGGAAUCUGCAUGUUCUCUCAGCUCGGGAAGAACCAGCUCGCCGCCCGCUAUGUGGGUGUGUUCCUCGCCACGGGCGGAUGCCAGGCCUCCAUCCCCCUCAUUACGUCCUGGUCUCAAACCUGCAUUCGCUCGCAGUCCAAGCGUGCUGUCAUGUCCGCCACCGUUGUGGCCUGGGGUGGCAUUGGUGGUAUCCUCGCCUCCGUCACUUUCAUGCAGAAGGAAGCUCUCAAGGGCUACCCCACUGGCAUCUGGCUCACCGUCGGUCUUUCCGCCUUUGCUGCCGUCGGCGCCUUCUUGAUGUGGUGCUGGUUCAUGUACCAGAACAAGAGGGCAGGCCGUGGCGAGACCGUCAUUGAGCACGACCCGGACUUCCGUUACCAGUAA